AACUGAAAUUUUUGUAGACCAUCACCCAUCUCUAUUACUGCACUUUGAAUCAUACCUUUCAAGAUGCUUGCCUUCAGACCCAUUUCCUCCUUGAGCUCUUCGAAGUCGUCGGUCUUCAGAAUCUCCAAAACUGCCCUGAAAUCCAUGUCUACAACUGCAGGCACGCCAAAGUUUCCUUUCUCUCGCCCCCGCGGAGCAGAGCCAGCAGAAGAAUAUGCCCACCUCCGAGCCACCGACCCCGUAUCCAAGGUCGAGCUCUGGGAUGGAAGCCAAGCAUGGCUCGUUGUUAAACACAAAGAUAUCUGCAGUGUCCUCACUGACGAGCGCCUUUCGAAGCAACGCAACCGUCCUGGCUUCCCAGAGCUCGACCAGGGUGGAAAGGAGGCAGCGAAGCGAAAGCCGACAUUUGUUGAUAUGGACAAGCCGGACCACAUGAAGUCAAGGGGCAUGAUCGAAGACAUUUUCUCGCGCGAGGCUAUUGAGAGAAUGCGUCCCAGCAUUCAGAAUACUGUUGAUACUCUUCUUGACGAGAUGAUAAAGGAUGGCUGCAAGAAUCCGGUUGAUGUCGUGGAGAAGCUGGCUCUCCCGGUUGCAUCUUACACCAUUUACGGAAUCCUUGGUGUACCAUUCGAAGACCUCAAGUUUCUCACACACCAAGCCGCCAUCCGCAGUAAUGGAAGCGCUACCGCAACAGCCGCAUCCCAAGCAAACCAGGACCUCCUCGACUAUAUCGGGGGGUUGGUUGACAAGAGAGUUUCUGAGCCGAAUGGCGAUCUCAUCAGCAAACUUGUAACAGAACAGCUCGUGCCGGGUCACAUUCAGCGAGACGACGCCAUUCAGAUGGCGUUCUUAAUGCUCGUUGCAGGAAACGCUACCAUGGUCAACAUGAUUAAUCUGGGAAUAGUUACCUUGUUUGAGAAUCCCGCCCAACUCGCGGAUCUGAAGAAAGCUCCAUCUCUCGCACCAAUUUUCGUCGAGGAGCUAUGCCGUUUCCACACUGCCUCUGCCCUAGCCACUCGACGUGUGGCCAAGGUUGACAUCACCCUAGGUGGCAAGACAAUUAAAGCCGGCGAAGGAAUAAUUGCAGCCACACAAUCCGGAAACCGCGAUGCCGACGUCUUCCAGAACCCCGAUACAUUUGACAUGUACAGGAAGCGCGGGACCGAAUCAGCCUUCGGUUACGGAUAUGGAGAGCAUCGUUGUGUUGCGGAGGGGCUUGCUCGCACUGAGUUGGAGAUCGUCUUCUCUACUUUGUUCCAGAGGCUCCCAAAUUUGAAGCUGGCAGUUCCGCUGGAUCAGGUCAAGUACUCACCUCCAGAGCGUGAUGUUGGCAUUACUGAGCUCCCAAUCACUUGGUAAUACGAUAUGAGAAGUUCAUUCAUAACCCCUCGAAUUAGACGAGCGCGGCUGUCAUUAGAUUUCAUGUUAUCUGGGGGAAAAAGUUAACAUGUGGAGACAAUCCCCACUGCUGUAUUUUAACAAACGGAGUUCAGGUUUUCUUUUGUACUUUUCUCUUUCUGUAGAACUACCUUUCGCCGAUCAUAGAGGCGGCUUAAAAAAAUAUAAGAAGGCCACCAAUAAUAUGAUUAUUAUACGGCUAGGGCCUCAUCUGCC